ACGUCGGCCACAUUCAGAAGCGCCUUGGAAAGUCCAGUGCCAGUUUCGCUGCCAGUGUCAACUUCACGUUCAGUCAGUCCCUGUAACGCACAAUAUGGGCAACAAGCGGAAGCGCAUGGCCAAGGAGGCCAAUUCGGACAACCUACCCUCACAGAAACGGUCGAAGAAAGACGCGGCGGCGACCAAUGGCUCUGCGAAGUCCAAGUCGUCCAAGACUCUCGACAAGUCCCCCUUCACCGAGCACCCCACUGUCGACGAGCGCAAGAGGGAGCUCGAGCUGUACGAAAAGCUAGGGAGCGAGGAUGUCAAUGAUCGUGUCGAGGCCGCCGACGUAAUCAUAUCUGGCCUCCUCGGCGGUGACUGCGUUCCCGAGCCCGUCCUCCUGCGCCACCUCGAGAAGCGGCUGUUUCGUGGUCUCGCCAGUGGGAGGAAUGCCUCAAGACUCGGCUUCAGCCUGGUGUUGACGGAAAUUCUGGGCCAAUUGUUUGGGGACAAGGAUUUGGCGAGCUCCAAGUAUCCGGCCUUGACGUUCGACAGAGUGUUGGGCAUCUUGCUGGAGAAGACGCAACCAGUGGGCAGUGUCCCAGGCCAGGAGGAAAGAGAGCACUAUUUUGGGCAGCUCUUUGGCAUCGAGUGCUUCGUGCGCUCCGGUAUUCUCUCCGACAAGACCAGGUGGCUUUCGAUCCUGGAUCUUAUCCUGAAGCUCUCGUCGAAGAAGAGCUGGUUAAGAUCGCAAUGUGGAUAUGUCAUCGUGCAGGCGAUGUCGCAGUUGAACCAGGAGCUGGCCGAAACCACCCUCGAAAAGCUUUCUGACGAAGGGUUCGCAAAGACGCCAGAGGGCGUGGGCAUCUGGUUAGCCGCUCUUGACCGGUUUCCCGACAUGAAGGUCCCGUCUCAGCCAUGGCGACACCCCUUAGCAGCUACAUCCUUUGCAGCUCUGCCCGCGGCUCUGAAGGACAGCGGGAAGGAGACAUCAUCCGACGAAAAAGGCAACAAGAAGCCGAAGCAGGGCACCUGGACUGCCCAGCUUCAUUUUGUCUGGGAUUUGAUCCUCGCGUACUUUGUCAAACUCGGUUCACAACCAAACAACGACGCUGCCGAUCAAUUCAAACAGUUCUGGAAUCGCGUCGUCGACGAGAGCUUCUUCUCCAAGAGCGCCUCGGACAGCCAGAAGUUUUCGGGGUUCAUGAUAUUCCAGAAGAUGCUCGAGGGCGGGGCCGAUACGUCUUUCAUCCCCUCAAACAUCUUCAGCAAGAACUUCAUGGUCUCCCUCAUGAACCAGGCGGCCAAGGAGGACCGUUAUCUUCACCGCGCAGCUAUAAAAGCGCUCAAGGGCAUGGAGGCCGUGGUUGAAAAGGCUCCCCAUCUCCUUCCCACCGUUCUCAAAGAGCUUCUUGGGAAACAUGGGGCGUACAACUUCGAUCAGCGCACCAACACCAAGACCGUAGACAAGCUGCUGCAACACACAACACCCUCUACGGUCAAAUCCGUCCUCAAAACUAUACAGUUAAAAGAUCCGUCAAAAAGCGGUCUUGAUGAGUCCAAAUACUACCAGGCUCUUGGAGCGUAUCUGUUCAGGCUGGCCAGCGUCCCCUCUGAGGACCCAGAUGUUGAUACCUCGGGCAAGUCGGUGCCUGGCUUAGCAAUCCGCGCCCUGACCGAUCUGGCCUAUUCAAACAAAUCCGUACCCGACAGCGUCAGAGAGUCUCUACGGUCAAGGUCGACCUCGGCGUUUGCCAAGCUCGUCAGGAGACCCGAGGAUUUCGGACACCUUUGCAAUGCCGCCCUGUCUAUCGAUGCCGAUGUCGAUUCAGACGACGAUGUCGCUACCUCGGCGCUCUCUGGCGCAUAUGAAAGGCUCAAGGAUCUUCUUGAUCCUUCCAAGAGCAACGAUCGCACAAGGGCACCUCGGCAAGCAUUAGCACUCCUUCAUGCCGUGGCAAUUCUGCAGUUCUACAACCAGGACCCUGACGUGAUCGAUCUGUUUGACGAACUUGGCGAAUGUUACGAUAAACUCGAAGGCCACGACCAGAACUUGAGCGAGGGCGUUUCGGAGUACCUAGUCGAGAUUCUCUUGGCCAUGGUUGCCAGACCGUCCUCGCUCAUGCGGCAAGUCUCGCAGCAGGUCUUCGAAGCGUUCACCGGCUACAUGACGAAGGACGCGCUCAAACUCCUCCUCGAUCCUCUGGCCGUCGAGGAGAGCGCCAAGGGACAGCAGGCCCUGUUCAGUACCGAGGACGAGGACAUGAUGGAUGCCGAGGCGGCUGAUGGCGAGGGCGAUGAGGAGCAGAUCGACUCUGACGUGGAGAUUGUCGACCUGGAAGAUGCCGGCUCUGAAGUGCCCGAUGUCAGCGAUGAGGGUUCAAGCGACGAAGAAGACAAGGAGGACGCGGGCGCCGAAGAAAACAAGGACCAGGAAGCCCUGGACGCUCUCGAUGACGCCCUUGCCGAGGUCCUGGGCACCCACCGGCUCGACAAGGACCACGAGGCCGAGUCGGGCGAGGAAUCAGACAUGACGGAUUCCGAAAUGAUGGCCGUCGACGAAAAGCUUGCCGAGAUCUUCAAGCAGCGCGCCAAGAAGACGAACAAGAAGAAGGCGAAGAAGGAUGCCAAGGACACGGUCGUCAACUUCAAGCACCGCGUCCUGGAUCUCCUCGCCAUCUACGUCAGGAAGGAGGCGGCAGACCCGAGCGGGUCUCGAGACGUCUGGGACGUCCUGCUUCCGCUGCUCCACCUGAUCCGCACGACCACGACCAAGGCCCUGUCCAACAAGGCUUGCGACGUCAUCCAGACCUUCUCCAAGAGCCUCAAGAAGGCAAAGGGCGGAAGCCAAGUGGCCAAGAUGCCCGGGCUGAGCCUGAAACGCAUGGUGUCCCUCUUGGAGCAGCUGCACGAGGAGGCGGCCAAGGACAUGUCCCACGCCUUUGCCAGGGCGGUCUCGACGGCCUGCCUGGCCGUCGCAUCCAUCGCGUGCUCCGAGGAGGGCAGGAAGGAGGAGGUGUUUGCGCUGUACGCGAGGACGCAGCGCAGGUGGUUCGACGGCGAGAUCAGGAUUCAGCCGUCCUUCUUUUUGGACUGGCUGAAUUGGUGCCAGAGCCAUGCGAGCAACGCGGCGGCGGCCACCGCGGCGAAGGAGGAGCAGGACAAGGGCAAGGAGAAGUAGAUGUGUUUUCAAUAUUGUGAACGAGUAGUGACGGAGAGAGAGAGAGAGAGAGAGAGAGAGAGAAUUGACACCUCUACCGAAUAUUUCCGUGGAUUGCGUACUCUUGAUCCGUAGCACAGUUCUCCAACAUAUCUGACUUAGCAAGAAUGGAAAGAAACAUAUGCCAU